AUGGAGUACUCUGUGUGCUUAUUUAUUCUUGUGAGCUACGUUGAAAUUGCACACGCCAGAGUGUUCUCGGCUGAUCUAAAUGCACGUUCCGUGAAUCGCCUUCCAAGGGAUGUGCAAAAUACCGUGUUAACACCGCUACGUUUUCAUGUAGCGUCCAAAAUAUCUGCACGGUUUGCAAGUACACUUGUGACAAGUGUCAUGGAGAACAGAUCUCCACAGAGCAAGGAAGCUUUGUUUCUUGUUUACCUUCCUCAAGCUGCCUUCAUCUCCAACUUCUCGAUGGUAGUUGGUGGCAAACUAUACCUUGGACAGGUGAAGGAAAAGACUGCAGCUAGAGAGGAGUACGAAAACGCGAAGAACAAUAGUUUAAAUACAGGGCUUGUAAGUCAAAGUAACGACCGCGCUGUACGAGGAAUGGAUAGAUUUGAAAUCAGAAUUAACGUGGCACCUAACAGCACGGCUGAAUUUCGUUUAAACUAUCAACAGCUCUUGGAAAGAAGAAAAGGUUUCUACGAACAGGUAAUUAGUGUUCGCCCGAAACAGAUCGUCCCUGUGCUCAACAUUUCACUUGAUAUUCAAGAGCCUCAAGACCUAGCCUAUGUGGACGUGAUGAAGAUACGCAAAGAACCGAGCGAUUCGCUGGUAAGGGGUAAUCCUCUAGCUGUGACUAGACAGGCAUCGCCUAAAUCGGUUUAUAUCGAGUACAGUCCAAGUGAAGAAGAACAAAAAAGGCAGGGAUUUGAUGGAAUUGACGGAGACUUUAUAGUAAGGUAAACAAGAUUUGGUAUGUGACCUUUGUAAUUUAAAAACACAAUUUAAAUAAUUUAUACAUUAUAAAUUUGCGUUGUACAGAUCGAAGCAGACUGGAGAAUUUAAUACAUUUCUUGGCAACUUCAUAAUUCUCUUUCCUUAUCUUAUUUUGCAAUGCAGUUUAAUUACAUUCUAUGCUCCUUUUUAAUAGAAAAUGCUUAGGAAACGCGCGUAUAUAUGUUGCAUGAGAUCACGGAAGCAUAUAACGAAUACCUGUAUGCGAAAUAUGACUUACUGCAUGCAAACUGUGGAUAGAGGAUUAGGGGCGACAGCCAAAGGCAUCAUUUUUCUGUAGAAUUUUAAUAACUGCCGCUUUUAUUGUUUAUUAGUUAUAAUGUGAUAUUAUAUUUUCAACUGUGAUAUUUUGAAGGUGAUCUACUCCUCUUAUGACACUCUAUAGAAAACCAAUAUCAUUAUUUCUGAUAGCUAAAUUAUGCAAACGUAUAUAAGAUAACCAUAUUUAUUAUUCAUUCGAAAUAUUUCUCCGUUUCUCAUUGGCUAAAAUCACACGCAUAAUUCAUCAUAACCAGCUACUGCUGACCAAAUUUGAAAGAAUUUUGCCAUACUGAACCGAUGACGUCAAAAGUGCAGCAAAGUUGCAGAUUAUUGAACCGUUAAACGACAAGACCUGGAGACCAGGUUGAGUUGUUUUGGUAGUGAAAACAAAAAUGGCGGAACGUUUCACUUGUUUCACCAAGCAGAAAUAGGCGAACUAUUGGCUAAAAACAUAGCAAGAACAGCAAGAAGACGACUCGAAGAACGACGUCUGUUAUUUACAGAAUAUUUGCGGAGCUGAACAGCCCUUUAUAGAGUCUAAACAUGCCGAUAAACAUGCACUAUCGAAGAUGAACUUAACAUCAAUGGAGGUAAGCAUGUUUUCUUUUAGCUUGUUUUCAAACUAGGAAUUAUUUUGAAUGAACAAUAAUACAAUUAUUGAAUUCGGCUUUGGUACGUAUCAUCUGAAGAAUUAUGGAGAUAUCGGAGGGUGUUAUCCGCCUCGGCCGCUCGAUGUCCAUAAUUUUUCAGAUGAUACUCACCCUCAUUCAGUAAUUCAGUUAAAUGAAGCCUGCAAAGCAUGGGAAACUUCAAGCUCUAACGCACUUAUAAGUACUUUCAACAAACACUGAAUAAUUAUUUUUGUAUAGCUUUUAGUGACAGUUGCAGCUACAACUUUAAAUUGCACCCCUUUGGUGUAUCUCCCGCAGUUAUAAUGUUAUCGGCAUUCCGAAAUCCGUGAAGUUUUUGCUUAAUGACGUGGAGUCCGGAAUUCUGGUCUUCAGAAUCCAGAUUGGGCUAAGGGAUUCCGGAAUCCAGCUAAAGGUUGGAAUCUGGAAUCCAAGUUCCACUGACAUGAAUUUAGAACCCAUUCCUGGGGAUUUAGAAUCUACAGCGUGCAAUACAAAAUCCAAGGCUGUCUUCAAUUACCUUUAAAAUAACUAAGAUAGUACGCGCGCUCUGAUUGGCCGAGAGGAGUGUUUGCAUGAGAGUAUGUAAACAUGGUUGUGACGUCAAGAUGUUUUGCUUUUCGCGCGCUAAUCACGCAAGCACAAAUUUGAAAAAGUUUUUUAGUUCAAAACUCGACAAGUUGACUUUAUUUAUCCAUUCCUUCGUCGACUGAAACUUUGAACAUCUUUUCAAACAAGCUGUGUCAAUUUUGACACUUUAAGCGAGAAAAAUCCGUAUUUUGGAAAGCAUCUUUUUGCAAAACAAGAACUGAUUACGUGUGCAAGUCUUCGUGUACACGACUUUGCGACUGGUAAGAAUUUCUCUUUUAAUCAGUGCCAUAACAAAGAGUUUUGAGUUUUUCUCGGGAAAGUUAUUUUAUAAAUAAAGCUUUUUUCCUGUGUUUGCAUAAGUUUGCAUAACUGUCUCGAAUUCUCCCAACCUCUACCGUGUUUAUAUUAAGCUGUGCAAAUACGGAAAACGUUUUCUAUUGGUUCAAUGGUGCGAGAUAUAUACUAUGCUCCUGAGAUAUGCGAUAAGGAAAUUAUGAAGGUGGAGGUUCUGUUCCUUCAGCACUAAUUCCUGGAUCUCUUCCUAGGUAUGAUGUGCAUCACGGGAAAGAUGAAAGCGUUAUACAGGUACUUGGCUCCUAUUUUGUUCAGUUUUUCUCUCCAAGUGGAUUAAACUCGAUCGCAAAAAACGUGGUCUUUGUGAUUGAUGUAAGUGGUUCUAUGUCUGGAGAGAAGAUUUCUCAAACUCGCGAAGCCAUGCACGCUAUUUUAAGUCAACUCCGUCCGGGGGACUCGUUCAAUAUCGUUCUUUUCAGUGGCACGGUAUCUGUGUGGAAGUCUAAGGUAUCCCUAGUCGACGCUGGAAGCAUACAGGCUGCGAAAACGUUUGUGGACGAACGAGUGAAGGCAUCAGGUUCUACCAACAUCAAUGAAGCCCUGAUUAUGGCUCUCAAUUUACUCAAGCACAGCAUUCAACAAUCAAACUCUGAAAUCGCUGGCAAGUUUCCUAUGGUGCUGUUUCUUACAGAUGGGGAGCCAACGGCUGGAGAAACAAACACACCACAGAUACGUCGAAACAUUCUUGCCUCAAAUGGAAUUAAAGCGCCCAUUUUUGCUCUUGGUUUUGGCUUUAGCCUGAACUUUGAUUUCCUAACAGCAUUAUCCACAGAGAAUGAGGGAACAGCGCGCAGGAUUUACCAAGACAAAGACGCUGCAAGUCAGCUUGAGGGAUUCUUUGACGAGAUCAGCACACCUUUACUACUAAGAAUCAGAUUCGAGUACCCAGAAACCCUCGUGAAUGAAAAACAUACAACUGCACUUUCAUUCGCACAUUACUAUAAUGGAUCAGAACUUGUGGUAAGUGGAAAGCUUAAAGAGGGUGUUUCCUCUAGGAUGAUGUCCAUGAAUAUUCGCGGUUAUGACGGCCAAAAAAAUGUCACGUACUCUCCGGCGUCACGCACUCUUCUUGAGCUGACUAUUCCCUCGAAUGAAUUGCUCAUAGAGGAUCUGACCGAGCGUCUUUGGGCCUACAUGAAGAUCAAACAAUUACUUGUUCAGCUUUUGGUCUCUACUGAUGCCCACGAACAAGAGCGUCUAAAAUCUGAGGCGCUUCGGUUGUCACUGAAGUACAACUUUGUCACGCCACUAACCUCUUUCGUCGUGGUCCAGUCUGACGAGUACUUAGUAGCAGCGGACGCCAAGCUGGGCAGGGCUUACUCUACAGGACACAAAGUGCCUUUUCUUCGACUGUCAUUCCUUUUGAUAAGUUUAUUCUUUUUUGUGUUUGUCGAAUAGACCCUGAUGCCAGUUAAAAACUGUUAUAUCGUAGGACGAGAAAAUGAGUUUGCGCUGCUGACUCUCUCCAGAAACUGAUUAAAGCAUUUCAAAUGUAAGACAAUUAACAUACUUACACAGCAAUGCAAGAAAACAAGACAACUCCUAGGCCCGGUUCAGAUGCCGAACUUUCAUGAGCCGAAACAACUUCGAAUUAAGGCCGACCCAAAUUAUUUAGAUCGGCUAAAUUGAUUGAGACGCCGAUCUUAAUUCCAACCGAACUAAAUUCAGAAGGCGAAAAAUGCGCAUUUUGGUCAAACUGCUUACAAAAUACGUUAUAAGAAUUUAUGCUUGUUUCGGUACAUGAAAAGUUCGGCGUCUGAAUCAAAGGAGUUCCAAAGUCGAUCCAAAGGCGAAAUUCCCGGCCGGGCUAGGCGAAAAGAACGGCUGAGCCGUUCCAAAUUGAAAUAGGCGUUCCUAAUUGAUUCAGACGCCGAACUUUUCAUGUACUCAAUUCAAUGUAUUAGGUUCGGCUCAUGAAACGUACGGCGUCUGCACCGGGCCUUAGUCCGCUUAGUGCAAUUUCAAUUGCUAUCUCCGAUCCCCAGCAACAUGUUAAGAAUUUCACUCGAACGUUGUCAUUACAUUAAUCCUAGAGUUACAUUAGGAUGAGCUUGUGUUUCUGCAAAAUAUAAUGCUUUUCCCAGAAAGAUAAGUGGGGAAAGGGACCAUAAAAGCUUCGGAAGCCUUGCAGACCGUAAAUGUGAUAAGUCGCUUUUGUUUAUUAAUUAGAGACGAAAACUAAGUCAGUAACUGUGAACUCCCUCUAAGUGGAAUAACCGAGAAUGUGCCACUGGAACGGGGACUCAUGGCUUUUAGGUUCUUGAAUCUAGAACAAAGUAUACAAUUUUACUAUAUAGCAUCUUGAACAAGGUUUCGUUCUGGACCAUAGCCUUUAAAAGAAUGUAGAGGUUGGUAGUGAGUGGUCUACAUUUAGUGUACAUUUAUUUUGUGGUACCAAUACUAUUUUUUACAAACUAUCUCAAUCUAAUAUGAAGCUUUUUUAAGUCCUUGAUUCUGUUUGCCAGACGAGUUGUACCAAGGUCACAAUAUAAGGUCUGUUGUGUUAAAUAGGUUCAGGGCUUGGAGGUUUCAACUUCACUUGAGAACCCCCUCAAGUGGGUCAGAGGGUUGCAGGAAAAUGUUUCUUUAUCCAUAGCGAAACCCUAGAAAUAAUAAUUAAAAUAAUAAUUUUAAAACAGCAAUGUAACAAAGUGUUAAAAUCAAUUGAUUUUUACUGAAUCAAUAAAUCUCCUUUCCCAGUAAAGCGAGGUUCAAAAUUUAAG